UUUCCGGGCAACGGCAGCGUCAUAACAGACCACCUUGGCAGGAACAAGCCGGGGGCCCCACUGUAUGUACAAGUAAUUGCUGUGAUGAGCUGGCAGGAGCUGGGCUGGGCUUCAAUUUGGGCGAGGGAGCGGAGGGUUAAUAUGGACGUGAAGAAAAUGACGAUAUCCUGCUGCUUCUUUUUCUGCAUCUUUUUGGGGAGAUGCGGGCGUGCAUUAGUCGCUUCAAUUUUGCAAUUUUCACUUUCUUCUUCUAAACUCUUAAUCUUAUUCUUCUCCCUUUUCCCCCAUGUUAGGUUUCGUGCGUUUUCAACCUUAACUGUACGGCUUCUCUCACCAGGCACGGCACAAAAAACUGGAACACAAUGGGCUGGAUCGCCAUUGGGUCCCAACCUCUGUUCCGAUAAAAAUCUGCGUUCCAGGGCUUCGCGUUUCCCGUUUCACGCAACUUGGGCUCCGACACGAUACACGAACGCGCUUGGCGCCACUGAUUCAACCGUCGUGUGCCAGUCAAGCCUCACCUCGACAAGGCUUUCUUGGACAGAAACUACCUAGCUCCGGCCGAGGCUGCAGAGGCGAUUCGACUGCCAGGUUUGCUUUGUUCCGUGACUGGCAUAAGCCUCAGCCCAGCUCACCUUG